CAAUCCAUCCAUUCGCCAGUUUUCGGGCGAGAAGGCAGCGCAGUUUUGGUGUUUUAUUGAGCGACCUGCCAAAAGAAGACUCAAACAUGGCAAAAACUAUGUCUUCCACCCAGGCAAAUAAGGAACAUGCCCUGGUUGUAUCCAGGGAUUUCAUAUCACAACCGCGUCUGACUUACAAGACAGUGUCUGGUGUGAACGGGCCACUUGUCAUCUUAGAUGAAGUGAAGUUCCCCAAAUUCUCUGAGAUCGUCCAGUUAAGACUUGCAGAUGGAACUCUCCGGUCUGGUCAGGUUCUGGAGGUCAGCGGCUCCAAGGCUGUUGUCCAGGUGUUUGAAGGCACAUCAGGCAUUGACGCCAAGAACACUCUCUGCGAGUUCACAGGCGAUAUCUUGCGCACGCCAGUGUCGGAGGACAUGUUGGGUCGUGUAUUCAACGGAUCCGGCAAGCCAAUCGACAAGGGCCCCCCAAUCUUGGCCGAGGACUUCCUCGACAUCCAGGGUCAGCCCAUCAACCCCUGGUCCCGUAUCUACCCGGAGGAAAUGAUCCAGACUGGUAUUUCCGCCAUCGACGUGAUGAACUCCAUCGCCCGUGGACAGAAGAUCCCCAUCUUCUCGGCCGCUGGUCUGCCUCACAACGAAAUCGCCGCCCAGAUCUGUAGACAGGCCGGUCUUGUCAAGCUCCCCGGCAAAUCAGUCCUCGACGACCAUGAAGACAACUUUGCCAUAGUCUUCGCUGCCAUGGGUGUCAACAUGGAGACGGCCCGGUUCUUCAAGCAGGACUUCGAGGAGAACGGCUCCAUGGAGAAUGUGUGCCUGUUCUUGAACUUGGCCAACGACCCCACCAUUGAGAGGAUCAUCACUCCACGCUUAGCUUUGACUGCUGCCGAGUUCUUGGCCUACCAGUGUGAGAAACACGUGCUGGUCAUCUUGACGGACAUGUCCUCGUACGCUGAGGCUCUGCGUGAGGUGUCCGCCGCCCGUGAGGAGGUGCCCGGACGACGUGGUUUCCCAGGUUACAUGUACACGGAUUUGGCCACCAUCUACGAGCGCGCCGGGCGUGUGGAGGGACGCAACGGCUCCAUCACCCAGAUCCCCAUCCUGACUAUGCCCAACGACGAUAUCACCCAUCCUAUCCCCGAUUUGACGGGCUACAUCACCGAGGGACAGAUCUACGUAGACCGUCAGCUCCACAACAGACAGAUCUACCCGCCAGUGAACGUGCUGCCAUCUCUGUCCCGUCUCAUGAAGUCUGCCAUCGGCGAGGGAAUGACGCGCAAGGACCACUCCGACGUGUCCAACCAGCUGUACGCGUGCUACGCUAUCGGCAAGGACGUGCAGGCGAUGAAGGCCGUGGUGGGCGAGGAGGCGCUGACGCCCGACGACCUGCUGUACCUGGAGUUCCUCGGCAAGUUUGAGAAGAACUUCAUCACUCAGAGCAACUACGAGAACCGCACGGUAUUCGAGUCGCUGGACAUCGGUUGGCAGCUGCUGCGUAUCUUCCCCAAGGAGAUGCUCAAGCGUAUCCCGGCAUCAGUCCUCGCCGAGUUCUAUCCCAGGGACUCGCGUCACUAGACCCCGCACCCUUGACUCGGACCGACAUUCUAACCUCAUACUCAUAUACGUAUAUAUAUUUAAUAUAUUAAUCUUAACGAUCGCCUACUUUAUGUUAGGGAUAAACACCAAAGUUCAGAUGUUUUAAAAAAAUUAAUACCAAUCAGACAAAAUGGUGAAGAAAAAAGUACUACUCUGUCUAAAUGUCAACACACUUUUCAAAAAGGUUGGCAACCCCUGAUUUAGCUAUAAAAGGUAUUUAUAAUAAUCAGUGGUCACAAAUGUUAUUAGGAGAUAUCUUACUCUAAUUCUAUUAAAACUGUAAAAUUGUAUUAGAUUUUACUAUUGAUACAGUAAGAUAUCUCUAAAUAAAUUUUGUGACCACUGAUUAUCAUAAAUGCCAAUACAGUAAAAUCUGGGGUUGCAAACCUUUUUGAAGUGUUGACAUGUAGACAGAGUACCAAUAGUAAAAUCUAAUACAAUUUUGUAAAUUACUAUUACUAUUGUACUGUGAGACUUCUGAUUUACUAUAUUAAAGAUAUCAAAAUAACAGUAUUAUAUUUUCCUUUUGUUAUGGUAACCAUUUUUUUUUAAUAUAGCAUAGCUCUGUAAUUUUUUGGGUGCAUAGCAUGUAUACAACGAUUUUGUAAUUUAGCAAAUUGUGUUCUUGUAAUGAUUCUAUAUUGUCUAUUAUCUCUGAAGAUUAGAAUGUCGAACCGCGAUAUUUUGUAAGAUAUUAUAUAACUACUGUUUAUUAGUAAGUUGUUAAUAAUUUAUAUUAAUGUGUAUUACAAUGUAUUGCAAUCAAGUUACAAAAUUUAAACCAAUCGUGUUUGCUGAAUAGUAUAAUAUUUAGAGAAAAAAAAGAUUAUAAUUCAAUUAUAGUGUUGCUACCUACAAUGGGAAAACAAAUGUUGCCAUGUGUACAUAUUUUCUUCUAUAUUAGUAGUUUUUGCUGGACAAAUUGAAAAUGUAUUUUUAAAUGAUAAUUAUUUUGCUGGUGCUUAAGACACUGUAAUAGUAAAUAUUUUAUGAGUUGUUUUUGUGCACAAAUUGUUGGCAGUGUGUUCAAAUGGAGGUAUAUAACAUUGGAUAACAAAUAAUAUAUUAUCGUCCAUGUGUGAUAUGAAUUGAUAACGAUUUGUGUCAGAAUUUUAUUUAUGUAAAUAGCAAUAAUAAUGAAUGAAAUAGCCCCGUAACAACGUGUUACAUUCCAAGUCGAUUCCUCUCGCUCGUUAACUUGAAAUUCUGUAUUCGAUGAGUGAAGUGAAUUAGGACAUUGUUGUUUUAUGGAAAUAAAAACUAUAGAAGUUAAA